CAUUAUCAACUCCUUUAUUAAGCUACAAGCUGUCUAAAACAGGUCCAUCUACAGACAGGUAUUCAGGAAGAACAACCCAAAUAUGGUCAUACUGUAAAUGUCAUGACUCACUCCAGUCCAGGCAGUGUCUGUUGCCACACCCCUUUCCACCUGACAGUAAGUUACAGUAAAGACCAAUUGAAUUUAGCAAUGAGGAAGUGAUACUUUACAUGCAAUCAUUUUCUCUGAACUUUAACUAAAACAAGUCCAGCUAGUCUGUCCGCAUUGAUAAAGGUUUACACCACCAACACUGAGAUCACAAAACAGUUUGUAGUUAGAGAGGUGAGGUUGCAAGAACAGAAUCUAGAAUAUAAUCUCUGUAUUCCAGGGUAGUAAGGUUGCAGGUACAUAAUCUAGAAUAUAAUAUCUGUAUUCUAUGGUAGUUAGGUUGCAGGAACAGAAUAUAGAAUCAAAUGACUGCAAAACCAACAAGCCAAGCUUCACUCUCCAAGGAGGACCUGCUUUGUCCCGUGUGUUGUGAGGUAUUUAGGCUUCCCGUCCUGCUGAAAUGUGGCCAUAACUCCUGUAAGGAGUGUUUACAGAAGCUGUGGGAAUGGAAGGGAGGCAGGCAAUGCCCCGUGUGUCUGACCACGUCGAGCUCAGAGAGGCCUCCUAUCAACCUGGCCCUAAAGAUAGCAGCCGACAUGUUUACAAAGCAGAGGACGACCAGGGGAGAGGAGAGCCCAGAGGAGGAGUGGUGUCGUCUUCACAACGAGAAGCUGAAACUGUUCUGUCACAACGAUGAGGAGCCCAUUUGUGUCGUCUGUCAGCUUUCUAACCAACACAGAGUACAUGUGUGUUGCCCUGUAGAGGAGGCUGCUCUGGAGAAAAAGAUAGAGGUCUCAGCCAAGCUUGAUUCAUUGCAGAAACACCUGAAAAUACUCAACAAGACUAAAGAGGAUUGGGAAGAAACCAAGAAUUACUUAAAGAGCCAGGCGGACCAGACGGAGCGACAGAUGAAGGAGGAGUUUGAGAGCUUCCACCAGUUCUUGAGGGAGGAAGAGGAGAACAGAGUGGCCAAGUUGAGGCAGGAAGAGGAGAACAAAACUCAGGUGAUGUGUAUGAAGUUGGAGUACAUCAAGGAGAGGAUCGCUGCCCUCACAGACACCAUCAGCCAAGUAGAGAAGUCUAUACGAGCGGAUGAUGUGAAGUUUUUACAGGACUACAAGAAGACAAAGAGCAGGACCAAAGGUCUCCUGGGAGAGCCAGAGUGUAUCAGAGGAAUCCUCAUAGACGCUGCCAAACAUCUGCAAUCACUCAAGUUUGGAAUCUGGAAGAAGAUGGCAGACAUUGUCCAAUGGGUCCCCAUAACCCUGGACCCCAACACAGCCCAGCCCAACCUCAGCUUCUCUAAGGAGUUCAGCAUGGUGAGGUACAGCAAAAAGAAGCUCCUGCCAGACAACCCCGAGCGCCUAACUAGCCGCAUCUCUGUCCUGGGAGCGACAGGUUUCACCUCCGGAAGACACAGCUGGACCGUAGAGGUGGGCCAGAGCAGAGACUGGUACAUCGGAGUCGCCCGAGAGUCCAUCAAACGCAAGUCCACCAUCUUCCUCAACCCUGCUGAGGGAUUCUGGGUAAUCGGAUUGUGUAACGGGGAGACGUACUGGGCCCAGACGUCCCCGCGGACGCGCCUGGACGUGAAGAGAGAGAGGAAGCCGUGGAGAAUCACUAUAGAGCUGGACUACGACCGAGGGAAGGUGCUGUUUCUGAACGCAGUAGACUCAACGUUGAUACACAUGUUCAAAGAGAAGUUCACUGAGAGGAUCUUUCCUUAUUUUGCUCCUGGGAUGUAUGAGGAGGGAAACACCUCUAGUCCCCUGACCAUCUGUCCCCUGACUAUAUCUAUAGAUGUACUGGACCAGAUUAUACUACCAUAA